UUUUAGUGAGAGAAACAGUGCUUCUGAAACUCUCAAUCCAUUUUUUCUACUUUCUCUCUCUCUAGAAAAAGUGCAUUUUAGCUUAAAUUUUCUGCGAACAAUUUUUUUUUUCAUCGAUUCAAUUUCAAUGGCUAACAGCAAUCUUCCUCGAAGAAUUAUCAAGGAAACUCAGCGUCUUCUAAGUGAACCUGCACCAGGAAUAAGUGCUUCUCCCUCAGAAGAAAAUAUGCGAUAUUUUAAUGUCAUGAUUCUUGGUCCAACACAGUCUCCGUAUGAAGGAGGUGUUUUCAAACUGGAACUCUUUUUGCCUGAAGAGUACCCAAUGGCCGCGCCAAAGGUUCGAUUCCUCACCAAAAUCUAUCAUCCGAAUAUUGAUAAGCUUGGAAGGAUAUGCCUUGAUAUUCUCAAGGACAAGUGGAGUCCUGCUCUUCAGAUUCGUACCGUUCUUUUGAGCAUUCAAGCACUUUUGAGUGCUCCAAAUCCAGAUGAUCCACUCUCUGAGAACAUUGCAAAGCACUGGAAGUCAAACGAGGCUGAAGCUGUUGAAACGGCUAAAGAAUGGGCGCGUCUUUAUGCAAGUGGUGCCUGAAGACCAUAAUUAAGUGAUUUUCUAACGGAAAAAAAAACCCCGUGGAAUGUUAUUGAUCCACUGUUUAAUCCGAAUGGGACUUGGGAGGACUGAAGCUGAAUGCUUCAAAUUACCCAUCUAGAAUUGUUGCCCUGUCCUUGAAAUUGUACAAUUGAACGAUGUACCUUUUUUUCAAGUUGAAUUGGUCUUUACUACUAUAUCAGAAACGGUACUAAAGUAUUAUCUCACAGAACACUGAAUUGGAGGACAACGUUUGUUGUGCGA